UGCAAAAUUGCUGCUGGUGGGGUGAGCCAGGAGGAAAAUGCCGCAGCUGAACGGCGGUGGAGGGGACGACCUGGGCGCCAACGAUGAACUGAUCUCUUUCAAAGACGAAGGGGAGCAGGAAGAGAAGAUCUCCGAGAACUCCUCGGCCGAGAGGGAUUUAGCUGAUGUCAAGUCGUCUCUCGUCAAUGAAUCAGAAACGAAUCAAAACAGCUCCUCAGACUCGGAGGCGGAACGGCGGCCCCCGCCUCGGUCCGAAACUUUCAGAGAUAAAUCCCGGGAAAGUUUAGAGGAAGGUGAGUACGGCGGGCCCGGCCAGCACUGCCGCCUGCCCGUCCCCCGCCGCCCCUCCGCCGGGCGCCCGGCUCCUCUUCACGGGACACUCUCUAAAAAAAAGUUUUCCUUCUCCCCCUUUCCUUCUCCCUUGUCUUUCCCCCUGUCGUCCCCUUCCUUCCCCGCUCGUGUCUCCCCCGCCAUGUUAGCUGCGAAGAGGCAAGAUGGAGGGUUGUUUAAGGGCCCACCAUACCCGGGUUAUCCCUUUAUAAUGAUCCCCGACCUCAGCAGUCCGUAUCUGCCCAAUGGAUCGCUCUCUCCGACGGCGAGAACGUAUCUGCAGAUGAAAUGGCCACUGCUUGAUGUUCAGGCAGGGAGCCUUCAGAGUAGACAAGCCCUCAAGGAUGCUAGGUCUCCAUCUCCAGCACACAUUGUUUCUAACAAAGUGCCAGUUGUGCAGCACCCACAUCAUGUACACCCUCUUACGCCGCUUAUCACGUACAGCAAUGAGCACUUCACACCGGGAAACCCUCCUCCACACUUACCAGCAGAUGUAGAUCCCAAAACAGGAAUUCCAAGGCCUCCACAUCCUCCAGAUAUAUCUCCUUAUUAUCCAUUAUCACCGGGCACUGUAGGACAAAUCCCCCAUCCGCUAGGAUGGUUAGUACCACAGCAAGGUCAGCCAGUGUACCCAAUCACAACAGGGGGUUUCCGCCACCCUUACCCAACAGCUCUGACCGUCAAUGCUUCCAUGUCAAGCUUUCUCUCCUCUAGGUUUCCUCCACACAUGGUCCCGCCACAUCAUAGUUUACACACAACUGGAAUCCCUCAUCCGGCCAUAGUCACACCAACAGUCAAACAGGAAUCUUCCCAGAGCGACGUCGGCUCGCUCCACAGCUCAAAACAUCAGGACUCCAAAAAAGAAGAAGAGAAAAAGAAGCCACACAUAAAGAAACCUCUUAAUGCAUUUAUGUUGUAUAUGAAGGAAAUGAGAGCAAAAGUUGUAGCAGAAUGCACAUUGAAAGAGAGCGCAGCCAUCAACCAAAUCCUCGGUCGAAGGUGGCACGCGUUAUCCAGAGAAGAACAAGCGAAAUACUAUGAACUAGCAAGAAAGGAGCGACAGCUUCACAUGCAGCUGUACCCAGGCUGGUCUGCACGGGAUAACUAUGGAAAGAAGAAGAAGAGGAAAAGAGAUAAGCAGCCAGGAGAGACCAAUGACCUGAGCGCUCCUAAGAAAUGCCGAGCGCGCUUUGGCCUUGAUCAACAGAAUAACUGGUGCGGCCCCUGCAGGAGAAAAAAAAAGUGCGUUCGCUACAUACAAGGUGAAGGCAGCUGCGUCAGCCCACCCUCUUCAGAUGGAAGCUUACUAGACUCUCCUCCGUCCUCCCCCGCCAUGCUCGCCUCCCCCUCCAGAGACUCGAAACCACAGACUGAACAAACGCAACCCCUCUCGCUCUCAUUGAAGCCCGACCCGCUGGCACACCUGGUCAUGAUGCCGCCGCCCUCCUCUCUCGUCCUCGCCGAGAGCGCUGCGAGCAAGCCCGGCGCCCUGCCUGCCGCCGGCUGCCCCAACGGGGCCCUGGACCAUCCGCCGGCCGCCCUCUCGCCGGCCGCCGCCGCAUCCCUAGCACAGCCCUCGACGUCCUCCUUGCAUUCCCACAGCUCGCUGGCGGGGACACAGCCCCAGCCGCUCUCCCUCGUAACCAAGUCCUUAGAAUAGCUUUAGCCUCGUUAGCCCUUUCAGUUUCCUUUGGGGGGGGGGGAUGGAAUUCUGUUGGGAUUUGGGGUUUGGUUUUGUUUUUGUUGCCUUUCUUUGUUAUUAUUUUUGUUUCCUUCUCCUCGUCGUCGUCCGCUGUUCGUCGUCGUUUCUUGGUUUUUGUUUUUAAUUCGUGCCAUGUGGCUACAUUAGUUGAUGUUUUAUCGAGUUCAUUGGUCAAUAUUUGACCCAUUCUUAUUUCAAUUUCUCCUUUUUAAAUAUGUAGAUGAGAAAAGCCUCAUGAUUCUGCCAAAAUUUUUAUCAACAGCUGUUUAAAGUCUUUGUAGCGUUUAAAAAAAUAUAUAUAUAUACAUAAUUGUUAUGUAGUUCCAAUAGCUUAGUUUUAAAGACUGAUUUUAAAAACUAAAACAAAACAAACAGGAAAACAGAA